ACUCAGACAUGGUGAAGAACAGAGCACACACACACAGCCUCUCCCUCUGUUUCCCCCCUCUGCAUCCAUCUCAGCCAGUCUGCUUUCAGUGCUGCCUGCCUGACAUCCUGCUUCCACCUCACAAACAGAGAAGAGAAGAAGAGCAUCAGGAUGAGUCUGAGCUCAACACUUCCCCUGUUCCUCCUCCUCCUCGCUUUGCUCCUGAGCUGCAGCGUCAGGGCUGUCCCCGCCCCGUUCCAGCUGGCCCCGGACACCCCGGCACCGGCGGAGCCCACACCGACCCAGGCCGCGCCCGGGCCGGACCCCUGCGAGGGACGACCCUGCCUCAAUGAGGGGUUGUGCCUGGCUCGUCCCUCUCCGGGCAGGCCAGAGGACACGUGGGAGUACACCUGCACGUGCAGUCAGGGCUUCACUGGACGCAACUGUGAGUUUUUCACAGACCCAUGUUCCAGCAGUCCCUGUCUCCAUGGAAACUGCAGCCUGCACAAUGGCGAGGAGGAGGGGGAGCCGACAUACACCUGUGAAUGUAGCGAAGGCUAUGAGGGGCAGAGGUGUGAUCAGAUGGUAUUGGACCUGGCUGAAUGGGAACCUGUGACGCCGUCUGCUCCUGAACUGGCCACCCCUGUCACCUCCACAACUUCAGCCGCCACUCAGCCACCACAGCCAACCACCGUGUCCACCAGCACAACACCACUGCCUCCCACCCUGCAGCCAUGGCAACCCAAAACCGGGCAGCGGCUUGUGAUGGUGCCCUGGGAGGCAGAACGGGUGACUGAGGGUCUGCACUGUGUGAGUCCCGAGCUGUGUGAGCUGACAGCAACUCUGACUUUAUCUCUGGAGGUGCCAGAGGAAACGGCUGUAAAGUUGUUGGUGAAUGCCACUAGAGCUCCUGUGCUCUGGCGUGUGAAUGAAGAAGGUUUCCUGCUUUCCUCCUCUUUAAAUGGCUCCAAAAUGUGGUUCCUGCAGGCCUCCGAUGGCCUGGUGGUGCCUGACCGUGCGUUGCCGCUGGGGCAAAACUAUUUCAUCGGUGUGAUACAGGUGGGUACCCCCGUGGCUCCAGAGGUCACCGUGCGUCUCAACCUGACAGUGAAGGCUAGCAGCUGCGUGGAACCAGGCAGCAGUUUUAGCGACCCUCAGUGCUCUGGCAAAGGCAAAUGUGUCACACAGCUCUCUGAGAGCACCUUCUUUUGUGAAUGUGAUGAUGGCUACACCGGAAUCUUCUGUGAGGAAUUUGAUGCCUGCCACCACCGCCCUUGUCGUAACAAUGGCACCUGCACCGAUCUUAGGCAGGGCGGGGAAGGACGCAACUUCACGUGUACCUGUCAACCAGGUUAUGAGGGGGACCGCUGCCAGUUGCCGGUGAACCACUGCCUCUCACAGCCCUGUGAGAAUGGAGCCACCUGCUCCAGCAGCCUGGCUGGGCCCAUGUGCUACUGUCCUGAAGGAUAUCAGGGGGCGACAUGUGAGCAGAAGGUGGAUCCCUGUGCAUCUCGGCCUUGCCACAACAAUGGAACCUGCCACCCUCAGGGUCCCAGCCCCCUGGGAUUUGCCUGCAGCUGCACAUCUGGUUUCACCGGCCCCACUUGCGCCCAGCUGCUAGAUUUCUGUGCUUUGAACCCAUGUGCCCACGGAGUGUGCCGCAGUGUGGGCAACAGCUACAGGUGUCUUUGUGUCCCGGGCUACCAUGGUUUAUACUGUGAAGAAGAGUACAAUGAGUGUUUGUCUGCGCCCUGCCAAAACUACGCCACCUGCCGGGACCUCAUCAAUGCUUAUGAGUGUGUCUGCACACCUCAGUUUGAAGGUAAACACUGUGAAAUUUACAAGGACCCGUGUCUGAAAAUGAACUGCCUCAAUGGAGGCCACUGUGACAGUGCAGAACUCAAUGCUUCCUGUGCCUGCCCACCUGGAUACACGGGGGAGCGAUGUGAGGUCGACAUCAACGAGUGUGAGAGCAACCCUUGUCACCAUGGAGGCACUUGUAUUGACCAAUCACAUGGCUUCACCUGUCACUGUCUACCUGGGUGGGUGGGGCCUAACUGUGAAAUCCACCUGCAAUGGAAGCCACAGCACUCAGAGGAAACUCUGACUAACAUGCCCCGCCACUCCCUGUACAUCAUCAUCGGAGCGUUGUGUGUGGCCUUCGUGCUCAUGCUCAUCAUCCUCAUUGUGGGCAUCUGUCGCAUCAGCCGCAUCGAGUACCAGGGCUCGUCACGCCACGCCUACCAGGAGUUCUACAACUGCCGCAGCAUCGACAGCGAGUUCAGCAACGCCAUCGCCUCCAUCCGCCAUGCCAGAUUUGGUAAGAAGUCCCGGCCUGCCAUGUAUGAUGCCACUCCCAUCAACUAUGAAGACUACAGUCCAGAUGACAAACCUUUGGUUACGCUGAUUAAAACGAAGGAUUUGUAAAACAUAGCAACAUGAUGCGCACAUGCACAUACACACACACGCUUAUAUAGGAAGUCUGUAUGAAUGUCAAAUUAGAGAACACGGAAAAAAAAUCCCCAAGUCCAGUAUGUACUCUGUAGUUUAAGGAAACAAAUAUGGAAUUUGAUACAUCUAUUUUCCUGUUAAUGUUCACCUUUAAGGCUUUAUUGUAGCAUAAGAGCAGCACUGACCCAAGUUACUGAUGCUGCACGAUAGAGCGACGGUUAGUCCGCACCCAACUGUCUGUCUUCAGUCAGGGCCUGCAACUCAGGAGCCCCGAUUUGUGAACACAAGCUAAUCCGACAGUUGACAGCAAGUUGGCACAGCUGUUGUAGAGAUAGGUGUCACUGCGUACGCUGUAUAUUUUUCUAUUUCAACUAAAUCCUGCAGUAGGUUGCCUUACUUCUUCAUGCAUGGUUAGAUUUGAUGUUCUUUCUGUAAUAUUUGGAGGCUCUUUAAUUGGUUGCUAUAUUUUCCUGCAGAUGUAUUACUCUGUCCAGAUUGUGCCAAAUAUUCUGUUGUGGUAAGUAGGAUACAUGUUUUAAGAAUAUUAGUCACACAGAAUCUAAAGAUUUAUUUUUUUCCUUUCAGUAAAUACGUAUCGUCUUUGUUCUUUACAUGCAAGUUUCUCAUCUGUGUAUGAAUCGUAAAGAAUGUGCAUUGGCAAGAGUACUAUGAGCCUACCAUGCCACUUUAUGUACUUUCGUGAACUUUAGGGUAGAAGUUUGGUAUGAUUGUAAUACACAGUUUUAUUCAGUGUACUUGUUUCUGUUAUACAACACUAACACACUUCGAGUGUCGUUACAGAAUAGUUCCUGCAUUGGAAUGACAUGUAGACGGAGAAAAACGACUUGCUUAUCAUCUGUGUUAAAUAAUGUAAAGACUGAAGUAAAAACAUAUCGGUCAAA